GGCAGCAGGAGGCGAGCGACUUCCAGUCUCCCAUUCGGUACCCGCGCCACCCAAGCCACGCCCCAGCCAGCCGCAGAGACGGCAGGACGCAGCACACGCCACAGCGAGGCAUCCAGCAACCGUCGACGAGUCGCGCGAAUCAGCGAGCGAAGAAAGCCAGGAGGAUCUCGAGCGUUCUUCGAGUCAGCCGAGACAAAGAAGCACUUUAACUAAGGAGAAGAAGAAGAAAAAGUCACCAGGAUGUCGCAGGGAAAGACGUGCCAUUUCAAGCUGGUGCUGCUGGGCGACACGGCCGUGGGCAAGUCUUGUCUCGUCGUGCGGUUCGUGCGCGACGAGUUCUUCGAGUUCCAGGAGCCCACCAUUGGAGCUGCUUUUCUUACACAGACGGUCGGUCUCGAGGACGGGUUGACGGUCAAGUUUGAGAUCUGGGAUACCGCAGGACAAGAGCGAUACCGCAGUUUGGCGCCAAUGUACUACCGUGGUGCGGCGGCAGCUAUCGUCGUGUACGACGUGACCAACAAGGACUCGUUCACGGGCGCCAAGUCUUGGGUCAAGGAACUGCAGCGCCGUGGAGACCCCAAUGUGGUCAUCGCUCUUGCCGGUAACAAGGCCGAUCUCGAGGCCCGUCGCAAGGUGGAGUUCGAGGAGGCGCACCAGUACGCCGAGGACAACGACAUCCUGCACAUGGAGACGUCUGCGAAGACUGCUGUGAACGUGAAGGACCUAUUCGUUGCCAUUGCCAAGCGGCUGCCGAAGAACCCGCCUCAGCCCGAGCGCGAGGCGUUCCCUAUCACCCCGCCUCAGGCGUCCAAGUCGAAGAGCGGAUGCUGCUAG